AAUUAACAACAACACUCAAUCUGUCAAGAUUAUUAUCGGCUGUAACAAUCCAACCGCUGGGCACAGUGCACAAGUGCACAUUAUUAUAUGACCGAAGUUGAACCCAGAUAACGUGUCUCUGGCUAACAUUAGCUUACUGUUUAUCUGUAAGCAACUUUUUGGUUCAUUAAAGCUAAUGCUAGCCGGCUAAGGUGCACCAGCUGCCACGCACAUUACCCAGUCCACAUACAUACCUGUGUCCGUUGAGGGGCACCCCACAGGUCCAACAUGUCUUCCCAUGGAGAUGGAGAUGCAGAGCAGGGCUGCAACACAGUGGGACCUUCCACUCAUUCCCCCACUGAGGCCGAUGCCACCAGUGGAGACAUCAUCACUGUCACCAUCGGGGCCACCGUGCCAACAGGGUUUGAACAGACUGCUGUGGAGGAGGUCAUGGAGAAAAUAGGUGUCGAUGCGCGGAUCAGCAAAGCCUGCGGUCGCAUAUACUUUCCCAUAACUACUGAUAAGCUUUUCCUGGUCCACCUUCUGAGGUCUGUAGACAACCUGUUUGUUGUGGUUGAGGAGUUCGAUCAUUACCAGUUCAAAGAAUCUAAGGAAGAGACACUACAGGAGUUGCAGGAGCUUGCCUCCAAGCUCUCCUGGACUGAUGCCCUGGAGGUGUGGAAACUGAAUAGAGGGCUGAAAAAGAAGAAGGGUCACCGCAAAGGAGGAGAUGCCUCCAAAGUAAAAGCUAACAAUGAUUUAGCUGUUGCUGAUGCUGAGCAGAUGGAGGUCCCUCAGGUGCCGACUGGCUCUGAAGGCCAUACGAAGGUGGAGAGCACGCCCGACCUGGAAACAUGUGAAGAGGACUCAGGGGAGGCAGCACCCGAGGCCAAAGUCCUAAAGUUUCGAGUCACAUGCAACAGAGUCGGUGAAAAACACAGUUUUUCGUCAAAUGAGGCGGCCAGAGAUUUUGGCGGGGCUGUACAAGAGUUCUUUCAGUGGAAAGCAGACAUGACAAAGUUUGAUGUUGAGGUCUUGCUAAACAUACACAAGGAAGAGGUGGUCAUCGGUAUCGCCCUCACUGAAGAGAGUCUUCAUAGAAGGAACAUCAGUCACUUUGGGCCCACUACACUGCGCGCUACCUUGUGCUAUGGCAUGCUCAGGCUGUGUAAACCUCAGGUAUCUGAUAUAAUACUUGAUCCUAUGUGUGGGACUGGAGCCAUACCCCUGGAGGGCGCCAUAGAAUUCAGCAGUUCCUUCUACAUCGCCGGCGACAACAAUGACAUGGCAGUUAACCGCACCGUCAACAAUAUAUACCACAUCCAGAAACGGAGGGCAGACAAGGGCAGCACACCUGGGCUGCCUAUUGACACGGUGCAGUGGGAUCUCUGCAAGUUACCUGUGAGGACCAGCUCUGUCGACAUCAUCAUCACUGACAUGCCCUUUGGGAAGAGAAUGGGCUCUAGGAAGAAGAACUGGGACCUGUACCCCUCUUGUCUCAGGGAAAUGGCUCGUGUGUGCAGACCAGACUCAGGGAGGGCCGUUCUCUUGACCCAGGACAAGAAAUGCUUUGCAAAGGUUGUUUCCAGGAUGGGAGGACUAUGGAGGAAGCUGUUCACUGUUUGGGUCAAUGUCGGGGGUUUACAUGCUGGCGUCUACCUCCUCAAGCGGACCAGUGCUGUGUUUGGCCAAACUCCUGAAGAUGUCUAUGAAUCACGCGGAACGGUUAAUACACAGGUGGAGGAGAAGGAUGAGAAGAUGUCCUAAUUUACAUCCUGCAUCUUGUUUGAGGCCAUGUAUUUAUAUUUUCUUUACCAGUUUAGCUUCUCAAUUCAGGUUCAAGAAUGCCAAGCAGUUUUUAUGCAUUAUUUUCGUAUCUGUGGUUUGGUUAAAAACUGUAAGGAUGCUGUCGUUUACAGCAGCUUUACUUUCUUCGUCAUAUCGCUGUUCAGAAAGUGACAGAAGGAUGCUUCAUUACACUCCUCAGACUGGCUAAGCCCUCAAUACAGGAACCGCUCACUGCCAUUUGAUCAAUAAAGUUUGAGUUUCAGUCCAUGUUGGAAUUCAUACAUUACAGUUGCUGACAUAAUCUUUUAUUUUUAAAUAUGCCAAUAAAUGAAUAUGAAUUGGUUAAA